CUAAGUAGACUGCAUGGUAUCUUUUCCUUUGGAAAGUCUAAUAGUCCGAGCGGGAAUAUAUGGCUUGGUCUUCCAAAGUGGGUCCGUCACAUGGCUGUGUGUACGUGUGUGUGUGUGUAGCCUAUAUACAGUAUGUGUGUGAGAGAGGGGGGCAGGAGUUUGUGCGCGUGUGCUGUGCGUAUUUUCUGCGCUUUAAACGCCCCUUUGUACGCCCACUGUUCCCAGGCUGGCCAGAGAACGGUUCACCUCACCGGGAAAUUGUGACAGAAAUGGGAAAGGUGUGGUGGGUUUUCAGGCUAUGACACUGACUCAUCGGGCAGGAUGGAUGUAACUGGCCGAGAAAUCUUGCUUCUUAUCGGCAUCAGCUGCCUCUGGCUACCAGUGUUGGCAGAGGUGGUGUCUGAUGACAGCUAUGUAAACGAGGUGCAGAGCUCAGCCCCUCUCUCCUGUUCAGAGGGCUUCACGGAGCUGGGCUACUACAACGGCACCGUGUCCCAGACAGACUCUGGCGCCCCCUGUCUGCGGUGGACUGAGUUCCCAGACUACGUCCUCCAGUACCCAGGCCGCGGCCUGGGGGAGCACAGCUACUGCAGGAACCCAGACAGAGAGUCCAACCCCUGGUGCUUCUUCAGACAGAGCUCUGGAGCCAUCGGCUGGGCCUAUUGUGACUGUCACCAAGGCGCGGCCCGGCUGGUGGGGGGGGCCUCUGGAAGUGGCCGUGUGGAGGUGUAUCUGAACGGCCAGUGGGGAUCUGUGUGUGGCUCUCACUGGACGGAGCGGGAUGCCAGCGUGGUCUGUAGACAGCUGGGCCUGGGGGAGAUCGGCACAUCGGUGCAGCCGUCCACGUUCGGCUCGGGUUCGGGCCUCUUUCACUACGAGCGCUUGGGUUGCCGUGGUGACGAGACCUCCCUGAGUCAGUGCCGAGGCAGGACGUUUGUCACCGGCGACUGCAGCCAUGGAAACGAGGCUGGACUGGUGUGCGCGCCUCCGGAAGGCAGCGGGCCUCCCCUGAGGCUGGUGGGAGGGGACGAGGACUUUGAGGGCCGCGUGGAGGUGUUCCACGGAGGUCGCUGGGGCUCGGUCUGUGACGACCAGUGGGAUGACAGAGAUGCAGAGGUGGUGUGCAGACAGCUGGGCUUCAGUGGCGUGGCAAAGGCCUGGUCCUGGGCUCAUUUUGGCCAAGGCUCCGGACCCAUCCUCCUCGAUGCUGUACAGUGCACUGGAAACGAGCUGUCGCUAGAGCAGUGUGCCCAUGGCGACUGGGAGCAGCACAACUGUGAUCAUAUGGAGGAUGCAGGAGUGUCCUGCAGCCCCUAUACAGACGGCGUGGUGCGGCUGGUGGGAGGAGAGCGUCCCUGGGAGGGUCGUGUGGAGGUGUUCCACUCAGGAGACUGGGGCUCCGUGUGUGGCCACCACUGGAGCCAGGACCACGCCCAGGUGGUCUGCCAGCAGCUGGGAUACAGGGGGCAUGCUGAGGUGGUGGGGGGCGGGGCCUUUGGUGAGGGAACUGGGAUCAUCCUUUUGGACGACGUCCACUGCGAGGGCUCUGAGUCGUCCCUGCUGGACUGUCGCCAUGGCAUCUGGGGGCGGAGCACCUGCUCGUACAGUGAGGUGGUGGGUGUGCGCUGUAGGAGAGACCCCAGCACAGACACCAACCAGCUACCAGCACUGGCACCUGCUACAGGACCCCUGCUGCGUCUCAGGGCUGGAGCCAGCCCCAGGGAGGGUCGGGUGGAGGUCUAUCUCCAUGGAGACUGGGGCAGCAUCUGUGACUCGGGCUGGACUGACCUCAACGCUGCUGUGGUCUGCAGGCAGCUGGGCUACAGAGGGCGGGCGGAGGUUCUGGGGGGGCAGGGCCGGGGGAAGGGUCCUCUCCACCUGGACCAGCUCAGGUGUACGGGCCAGGAGGACUUCCUGGGGGAGUGUCCGUCUCUGGGCCGCUCUCAGGCCUGCGCGCGGCAGGAGGAUGCAGGGGUGAGGUGUGACUCUGAGGGCCCCAGGCCAGUACAGGACACCUGUGGGCAGAGGAAGGUUCCGGGGGUCAGCAGCCCAGACCAGACAGGUGGAGGACAGAUCUCUCCCAGGAGCUCCAUGCCGUGGCAGCUGUCUGUGUGGUUGCAGGGUGACAAACAAGAUGGCCCCCCUCUCUGUAGUGGAACACUUAUCACCCCUUGCUGGGCACUGACCUCCGCACAUUGCUUCAACAAGCACGGCCGUGAGCCCUCCAGGUAUGUGGUACGUGUUGGAGGCUCGGGGUUCACUGUUACCCCAGAACAAGUGGUGGUCCACAGGAAGUUCAAAGGUGAGCGUGGGGGUCACGACCUGGCCCUGUUGAGGCUCCCCAGCGCAGAGGGUCGCUGUGUCCGUUUGGACGGCGAAACAAACCCCGCCUGCCUCCCCAGCCCUGAGAGACUGAGGGCCAGCAGCCCCUCCUCCUGCAUCGUCACAGUGACCACAGCCUGGACAGGAGCAGAUGCUGUCCUGCCAUCCUGGGUGCCUCUCUUGUCACCGUGGCAAUGUAAGAAGCACUAUGGCGACGGCUACUCCAGCCACGGAACGCUGUGCGCCGGCAGCCCCCCGGACACCAGCCGUCUCCAUGGCGAUGGUUGUCAGGGCAACAGCGGCGGAGGGCUGGUGUGCCAGGGCGAGGGGGGCCGCUGGGUCCUGACCGGGACCGUUGCCGGGGGUUACGGGUGUGGCGAGCCCUCGGCUCCAGCCCUCUACACCCGGGUCAGCAGGUUCAGGAGCUGGAUCCACGAGGUCACACACACACACCCUCAGGAGGGUCACACACACAUGACAGAGCAGAACAAAGCCGUUUUAGACGACCACUCAAACACUGCGGCAGUAACACACUCCUGGGAUCAUCAGCACCUCUCACACACAGAGCAGCUUACAGACACAGUAGAUGACCUCACUCACGGUCAGAAUGACAUCAUAAACACCCACGAUGACCUCACACACGUGCAUAAAACGAUGCGACACUCAGCUGUGCAUGAGCAUCAGAAACACACACACGCUCCGCACACUAGCACGCAUGCACCCGCUGCCAAUGAGUUCAAACAAAACGCUCACGCGCAAAAGGAUCACGGUAACACACACAACAAGGGCACACACACGUCUGGCAUUGCCACACACCCUCCCAUCCUGGUCUGAUCCGGGUCGAGCCAGCAUAACCACGGGCCUCCGUAGAGGAAGAGGAGGAAGAGGAGGAAGGAUGAGGGAGAGAAGGAAGUGGAGGUUGUUAUGAACCUGUCUGAACCCUGACUGUCCAGUGUAUACUCACGUGAACUCUGAACUCCAGGGCCUCCUCAAAGGCCCUAUUCACUGCACACUGAUGCAGUAUGAUGAUAAUGACCUCGUCAGUGACUGCCUGGGGAAGUACAGUAUGACUUUAAGAUGUGCAGUAUCAUGUGUGUGUGUGUUAGGGUUUAGGUAGCAGUAGUUGGUAAGGUCGUAGUUCGGCAAGUGCUUAAGGAAGUCUGUACACUGGCUGAUAAUGGAUUGGUCUGGCUGAUGUGAGAAAUACACACACAUCAUUAAAUAGGGUACAAGUCAAAUGUUUCUUCUGAAGGAUGUUCAUCAAGUGUUUUCCUGUGUCUUCUGUUCUUCUCUGCAUACUCAUCUCAUCUCUCAAAGCCAUUGGACGCCAGUGGUUAGAUCCUGGUUGUGUUUUGUACUGAUAUCCCUGAAUGACUUAAUAGAUGCACUGUCUUGGGUUUAAGAUGUAGCUUAGACUGUCUGUAUUGUGUGCAUUCUUGACCGAGUUUGAUGGUCAAACUGUCAAUCCUGCUGUCUGGAAUGUCUGUAAACUGAGCGCGUGUGUGCAAUCUAACCAGGAGAUGGCAGCAGUGUUCUAUGUUUUCACCUCCCAGUAACACCGUACCUGUAUUUAUGACUGGGAGGAUUGUUUUUUUUUAACUCUUACUUAUGGACCUCAGAUCCAUCUUGUGCUGUGUCAAGGUAUUGUGAAGCAUCUUGUAUUAUAUAACUAACUGUCUAAAACAGGAGCUUGUAAUUUGCAUCUUUUCUAACCCUGUAUAUAGUCCUGCCCCUUGACUGUACAAGAGCUUCCCACCCUGGACUGUCCUGUGUAAGAGGUGCUCUGACUCAGAGGUCCUCUGUUAAACACCUGUAAGACAGUAGAUUAGCUCCAUGUUUAGUCAUCUGAAAUCAGAGAAUGAAACGAUCACAUCUGCUGUUUGUCUGUUCCUUAUAAUGUGUGUGAAGUAACAUAGUAUUAAACUACAUGA